AUGGCGCCGGCGGUCGCAGCGCGCAAGGCCCUGGCGGGGGCCCCCCUGGGCCUGGGCUCGGAUCUGGGCAGGCGUCGACCCGUCGUGGACUCCACCGUGUACGCCAACGCCCGCUCCAAGAACAUCGUCAUCAACCCGCAGAAGCAGGGGGUGAACAGCGUGAAGAACAAGGUCGUGCGCGAAAAUCUGCUGGGCCAGUCCAAGACGAUGGAAAGGAAGGGGUGGCUGGAUCCGCAGGGCCGCAAGGGCAAGGGCUUGGGCGUGUAUCGGUUCGCCAAGAAGUACGGGACCAACGUGGACGGCUACUCGCCCAUCUACACGCCGGACAUCUGGUCCAAGACGGGAGAGAGCUACGACAUGGGCCAGAACGGGCUGAUUAUCUGGGGUCUCUUGCUGGCGCUCGGGUUCUUCGUGGCGAUCAGGCUCGUCGUCGCGACCUCGGCUCUGUGA